ACCUAAUUAUAAAGAACAAAGUUACCGGUCAAUUUUCAAAUUACGCCUUGGUAAGAAGUUUCCAACUUUUAAAGAUGCCCAAUUUUUAAUUAUGCAAUUGUCAGUCAAGGUAGUAUUCUCACAAAGUGCAUCUGAUCUAAGACCAUUAAAAAUCGAAUCACCUCCAAGAUACAAA